AUGUUCCAAAUCUACUCUGGACUUCCUGAUGAUACUCACUAUCUUCUUUACAGCUACGACUCUACAAUGGGUCUGGACUCAAUUUUUAUUCAAGAAGAAUACUUCUUCGUCAACAACACUGGCAGCAAGACAUUGACUUUCACGUUCACAAACAAGACAGAGAUUCCCUCCGAAUUUGUUGGAAAUGGACUUGUUAUGGCUCCUGGAUUUCCUACGAAAGCAGCUGAUGGAGAUUACCUCGACAUGACAAUCAAAAUGGUGACCACCAUUAAUCCUGCAGCAGGCACCGUUGAAAAUUUUGCAAAAGCCAUUAUUUUAGAUGAAACUCCAGGUGCAGGUGUAACAAUCACCGUUGAAGGACAAACGCGAUGUUUUGUCCAAGCUACUGGCAAAGAAACAACUGAACAUUGCAAGCUGAAUUUUCCGCAUAAGACCGAAAGUUUUAAAGUCAAAGCUGAUAAUGCUGCAUAUAUCAUUCAGUUCGAAGCAACAGAAAUACCACCUACGACGGUAUCAACCACGACUGAAGCAUUAACGACACUGACAACUGCAAAAGGCGCAACCACCACUAAGACAUGCCCUGCUUGUCCUACGGUAACAAGUCCUGUUUGUCCUACGGUGACAACUACUGUUUGUCCAACAAUAACAUGUCCAACAACAAUAAUAUCUACAACUACCCCAACUAUUCCGACAACAUCAGAUCCAUCUACGACUACAAUGGGAUCUUCCACUUCUUCUGUGGCUUCAUUAAUCUUAAUCACUUUCAUUUAUUCUCUUUUCUAA